AUGAGCAAAGGCAUCCUGCUCUGGGCCACCCUCCUGGCAGCGUCCAGGCAGCUAAAUGUCACCUGUGCCAGCUCAGUGGACAUGGAGCUUUUCCUUCACUACUCUCUCAUCCCAUCACUUCUCAUCAUUUUGGUCUUGUCUUUCCUCCAAAGACGAGUGCAUCGGAAACAAAGAGAUGACACCUUCUACCUCCUGGGGAACCACUUUGGAAUGAUCGUGCCUCUGGACUUCGUGGGGACUUUUAGUAACAGAUGGUCCUAUGGAGUGGCCUUUGGGGCCACAGCCAAUAAGGUCAUGUUCUUGUUCUCAGAAGGCUACCAGCCCCUACAGGUCCCACAGUGGGCCCAAGCCUUCGUGCUUCUGAUCGGAGGUGUGGAAGUCGGCCUGGCCCACUUCCCCUUCUUCGCCUGCCUCUCCUCCGAGUUCCGGCUAGUCAGCUCUCUCCUGGGCUUUGGAUACUCCCUGACCUGGUUUGUUGUCACCAUUCUUCAGAUUGCACAGUGUCCCCACGGGCAGUUUUUGGGAAGCUAUGAGACUCUUAUAUUCUACUGGCCCUCACUGCUGUGCCUGGCUUUCCUGCUGGUCCACUUCCUACACAUGUUCCUCAAGGCACUGAGGGUCUACCUGGGCCUGGAGCCCCAGAUGGAAGAGAAGCCGAUGCUGGAAGCCCACCAGGCUGAGCACGUGAAGCAGCUGCUGAGGAAGGCCUGCCCGCAAGAGACAAAGAAGUCUUGGUUCCAAGCCAGGGUGUAUGAGUGGGAACCCUGCUUCCAGUUUCCCAGCAGAAUGAUUGGCACCAUUGUGUUGGCAUUCAUCUGCCUGUACCUUUUUAUUGUCAUUGAGUUCUGCAUGUUUGUGUACGUGAGAGACAAGCUGGCUGUGUUUGAAGGCAAGCUGGAAAGCUACCUCACCUACAUGAAUGAGACAGGGACUCUGACCCCGGUCAUCCUGCAGGUGAAAGAGCUGAUCAGCAUCACCAAAGGAGUCUGGGUGGUGACUAUUUUGCCUGCCUCCCUCACAUGUAUCAGCUAUCUGUUCCACGUUUUAGCUUGUUACAGAAAGCACAUGAAGCGGCUGCGGGCCGGCGAUAAGCACUUCCUCCCCCCGAAGUUCCGGAGCCCUUCCUCAGCACAGUGCGUGGUAGCCAUUGCAAGAUACUCAGGCUGGCAAAUUGCCUAUAUCCUGUGGGGAUACCUUAUCAUCCACGUGGUGCAGAGCCUGUGUGGUGUCAUGAUCAUGUAUGGUCUGGUGCUCCCUAUUGCCCACAACAAAGGCCUGGAGAUGCUUCAAGGGCUGGGCUUAGGAAUCCUCACCAUAUCCAUCGUUGUGGGUCUUAUGAUCCUUCAGGUGUGGAUUGCUUCCAGCUGUUUCCUGCAGCCUAAGCUGGGCACAGCUGACAAGCAGAAGCCCUUGGCUCUCAACAACAGGAAAGCCUUCCACAACUUCAACUACUUCCUGUUCUUCUAUAAUGUGGUGCUGGGCCUGGGUGCUUGCCUCUCCAGACUGCUCAUCAGCUGCCUCCUGGGCACCUGGCUGAUCGCGCGCAUCGACAGGACCAUCAUGCAGAGUGGCUAUGAGCGUGCAGACAUGGGCUUCAGCGCGUGGGUCGGCAUGCUCUAUGUGGACCACUAUCACACCAACCCUGUGCUGCUCAGCUUCUGCCACAUCUUGAUCGCAGACCACAGGGAGAGGAAGCAGCAGAAGACCAUCAAACACUGGAGCUCAAACCAAUCCUCAGGUCCACGCAUCUCAGCGAGGUCCAGGACGAGGUGGCUCCUCCUGCAGACCCUGAUCAACAACCCCAAGCUCGUCAUGCUCAGAAAGUCAAGACCAGGGCACGGCUCCCAGGAGUUCACUCCGGUUCUGUUGGCGUCCUCAGAUUGCUGA